CGCUCAGCGCCAGAGCUGCAAGCUCCGGCUUCAGUUUUAGAUUCAGAUUCAGCUACAGCCACAGCCACAGCGUUUUGGUUCAUUCCAUUCCAUUUGAUUGCAUUUGGCGCCAAACCAAGUAUAAAAGCUGGAGAACCUGGGCUGCGAUCGGCACACAAGUACCUGUGACAUUCGAGGAGCCACAACACACAAAACGCGGCGUGCUGCAUCAAAGGACUCUUUUGGAUUACUCUAAGCCUGUGGAUAUAUCACCUUGAGAAUUUCUUGUCAAGGAUUCUCCGCUUUCUUUGACUGGGAUUAUACAAUCAAAAGCUUAAAACAAUGGCUCUUAAAUGGGCUCUGGUGAUCACGACGCUUGCGUUGGCCCAGUCAGCGAAGCUAGAUAACAAAUACCUGCCGCCCCCGGCAAGUGCGGCCAGUGCGGGCGGCAGUCCGGGAGCGGGACUCCAGGGACCAGGAGGUGGCUUCGGAGGAGGUGGUAGACCAGGUGGUGGAGGUGGCUUCGGAGGAGGAGGUGCCUCUGGAGGAGGAGGCUUCGGAGGAGGAGGUGCUCCUGGAGGAGGAGGCUUCGGAGGAGGUGGCGCUGGAGGUGGAGGUGGAGGCGGAGGCUUCGGUGGAGGAGGAGGAGCUGGUGGCUUUGGGGGUGGUAACAACGGCUUGGGUGGCUUUGCAAAUGGUCGACCCAUCGCACCAGGCGCUAGUGCCCCCGCUCCACGUCCCAGUCAGCCAGGUGGUGGUGCUCCUCCUGCCUCUGGACCACCCAUUCCCAUCCUCUCAUUUGUCAACGAGAACGACGGCGAUGGCAACUAUCGUUUUAGCUACGAGACAGGAAAUGGUAUUAAAGCACAGGAGGAGGGCACCGUGAAGAACAAGGGAUCGCCCAAUGAAAUCCCCUCCGUAAUGGGCUCCUACUCCUAUACAAAUCCCGAGGGUGAGCUGGUCGAGAUCAUGUACACGGCGGAUGAGAAUGGCUUUGUGCCGUCGGGCAAUGCUCUGCCCACUCCGCCGCCCAUUCCAGAGGCAAUAGCCAAGUCAUUGGCUGCCCAGGGAAUCUCUGUGCUGCCAGGUGGUGGCUAUAGUGGAGGACCUGGAGGUCAUGGUGCUGGUGGCGGCGGAGGCGGUGGCUCUGGAUAUGGUGGUGGAUCAGGAUUUGGAGGAGGAGCUGGUGGAGCAGCCGGGGGUGGAGGAGCAGGAGGAGGGGCCGGAUAUGGAGGCGGAGCAGGACGAGGCGGUGCUCCUGGAGGUCCCGGAGCGCCAGGAGGAGGUGGUUUUGGAGGUCAAGGAGGAGGUGGAGGCGGUUACGGAGGUGGAGGUGCUGGUGGUGGAGGUGGAGCAGGUCGCGGCGGCUCUCCAGGUGGACCAGGAGCUCCCGGUGGUGGAGGAUUUGGCGGUCAAGGAGGAGCAGGUGGCGGAUAUGGAGGAGGAGGCGGCGGCGGCCGCGGUGGUGGCGGUGGAGGUGGAGCACCGGGAGCACCAGGAGGUGGUGGCGGAUAUGGAGGUGGAGGUGCAGGUGGCGGAGCAGGUAGAGGAGGCUCUCCAGGAGGAUCAGGAGCGCCUGGUGGGGGAGGAUUUGGUGGCGGAGGAGGAGCUGGAGGCGGAUAUGGAGGCGGCGGCGGCCGCGGUGGUGGUGGAGCCCCAGGAGGACCAGGAGCUCCAGGAUCGCCAGGAGGCGGAGGAGGUUUUGGUGGUCAAGGAGGUGGUGGCGGCUAUGGAGGCGCAGGCGCAGGUGGCGGAGCAGGCAGACCAGGAGGACCAGGAGCUCCAGGUGGAGGAGGAUUUGGUGGUCAAGGAGGAGGAGGAGGAGCUGGUGGCGGAUAUGGAGGAGGCGGCGGUCGUGGAGGCGGUGGAGCCCCAGGAGCUCCAGGAUCUCCCGGUGGAGGCGGAUUUGGAGGUCAAGGAGGUGCUGGUGGAGCAGGAGGAGGCGCCGGUCGCGGUGGUGCUCCAGGAGGUGGUGGUUUUGGAGGUCCAGGAGGUGGUGGCGGAUUUGGUGGCGGCGGCGGUCGUGGCGGAGCACCAGGGGGCCCGGGAUCUCCCGGAGGAGGCGGUUAUGGCGGCGGUGCUGGUGGCGCAGGCGGCGCCGGUGGAGCUCCAGGACGCCCAGGUGCUCCAGGAUUGCCCGGCGGCAAUCAGUAUGUUCCACCUCCAGCUGGUGGCGGUGCACCAGGUUCGCCUGGCAGACCGGGAUCAGGACCUCCCGGCGCAGGAUCCCAGUACAUUCCACCUCCCCCAGGAGCGCCGGGCGGAGGUCGCGGUAAUGGGGAGUUCAAUCCUCAGACAGGCUAUAGCUAUUAAUCCCAGAAUAAACAAUUCCCAAAACGCCAAUCAAAUCCCUCAAAUCGAAGAAAUUUCUUUGCAAUGCAGGCUGCCUUAAAUGUUCUUUCACUCAAAUGGUUAAUUUAUUUAUGUAAGCUUCUCCCUUUUUUCUUUUUUGUGACAAUGUGUGUGUGCAACUAUCGAAAUAAAUGAAUCUUGAAUACUUGAAA